AUGCAACUAAUAUUGGCUCUGCUUCUCGCAGUUGCAUCAAUCUGUAGAACAGAUGCGAGAGAAGUGACGAGUAGCCUCGAAGUCAUUCUCCCACCUGCUUUCAGCACACCUGAUGGAUACAAACACAAAGAGGCACUGUUUGGUCGGCCGCCUUACGGAGGAAGCAUUCAAGCCAAUGUCUAUUACAUUGAUUCCCACUUGUGCGAUGCCAAUGCUGAUUAUAGUCGAGGAGGUCAUCCUACCAGAGACGUCGACGAAAGUGGACAAAUGGCUCGUUGGAAGCCACCCUUUAUUCUCAUGAUGAAUCGCGGCAAUUGCACUUUUGUGGAGAAGGUCCGAAAUGCCCAACAUGCGGGUGCCAGUGCCGCCCUCAUUGCCGACACAACUUGUCUAUGUUCCGCCGGUGAUACUUGUCAGAGUGAUGAUGCAAUGGCCCAAUGCGAGUCCAAAGAACCCAUCAUGGCCGAUGAUCGAUCCGGAUCGGAUGUCAUCAUUCCAUCCUUUCUCAUGUACAAACAAGAUGCGGACCCCAUUAAAGAUUCCAUCACGGUCAAUAAUACCGUGGUUUCCAUGAAAAUGACCUGGGCUCUCCCUCGCCCCGAUUCUCGGGUGGAAUACUCCUUGUGGACAACCCCCAAGAAUAUUGUGAGCCGACCAUUGCUGCAAAACUUUGGGGAGGUGGCCAAGGCACUGGACAACCACGCUACUUUUAUUCCCCACAUGUAUAUUGUCGAUGGAACCUGGGCUGGGUGUUCGGAUAGUGAAGGAUACGAUGUGUGUUCGAGUCUAUGUACCAACAAGGGAAAGUACUGUGCCAGUGCACCUGAUUUGCGAAGUGGAAUUUCGGGAGCCGACAUUGUCAAAGAAAGUCUUCGCCGCUUGUGUAUUUGGGAAGAAUAUGGCAAAGAUGGGAUUGGAAUGCCCUGGUGGAAUUAUGUUAGUAGCUUCAUUGACCGAUGCGAUGACGAAAAGUUCUUUAUUGAUGAUUCUUGUGUAAAGGAUGCCAUGAAGGAUGGUGGUGUGGAUUACGAUACUGUGGAAAAUUGCAUGGCCAAUUCUGGUGGACUUGAGGAAGGCGAAAAUAGCAUGCUCGAGAAGGAACUAUCCGGCCGAGAUGAAAGUGGGGUUGUCAUUGUUCCAUCCUUUUUUGUCAACGAUACCCCUCUCAGGGGUGCAUUGAGCAGCAUUGAAGUGUUUGAAGCCAUUUGUGCGAGUUUUGCACCCGGCUCUGAACCGCCUGUCUGUAUGAAUUGCAACAACUGCGGGGACCUCAAAAAUUGCGUCAAGUUUGGACAUUGUCAUGGUGCCAAGGGAUCUAUGGAUACGGUUUCCAUGCCAGUCUUUAUGGGGACGCUUGUAUUCCUUGUCAUUUGCUUUGCUAUUCUCGGUUACAUUCAAUGGCGCCGUUCUCAAGACCAAAUGAAUGCCCAAGUGCGUCAAAUUAUGGCAGAGUACAUGCCAAUAGACAAGAACCAAAACGUGGAAUCGAUUGGCAUACCGCAGGAUGAUUCUGAUGAUGAUCUCGAUCUACCAGACUUUUCGUAG